AAAAUGGGAGAAUCUGAUAACAAUUAUCAACAAAUGUUCAGGGAUGUUCAGCUGCUGCUGCAGCAGCAGCAGGAACAGCAUCAUCGGGAAAUGCAGCUGCUGCAGCAGCAGCUGCAGCAGCAACAGCAACAGCAGUUGCAGCAACUGAGGGAGGAGCUCCUCCCUCAGCAACAAGAGGAUCACCGACCGAGGGAGGAGCCCCUCCCUCAGGUGCAAGAGAUGGAAUCCGGCGAAGAGGCGAAGCCACCGCGAAGUAUGUAUUACAGAUUCUUUUUUAUAUGA